AUGCAGAGGCAACCGGUCACUGAGGAGACUUAUCUGAGGGACUUGCCUUACAGUGCUCUUGCUGUGCUUGCGGAAACCCUUGAUAUCAAUGGUUUAUGGGAGAGACUAGCGAGCAGGAUCCCAACAAAACCUGAUCAGCUUUUUACAGCAACUGAGGCCAACUUUGAUCCCAGGUAUACCAUGACUAAUAUCGCUAGUUUUGGAAACAGCAAAAAGAGUUGUACCAUGACUCUAAUUAGAGACUGGAGUAAAGAAAGAAAGAAAUGCAGUUUUGUAACAUUUCUUUCAUAUUUGUUUCAGGCACUUUAUCAAGCAGAGCUGAUAGCGGCUGCAGCGUAUGUUCAGCAGAAAGUCUUACAUACAGAACCGAGAAGCAGACAGACAGAGAAUGGCAGAGGUCCAGUUAUUAGUUCAGAAACUCAUCCAUUAAUUACAGACCCUGAAAGGGAAACAGUAAUGGCAGUCAGAUGCUCCCUGCCAUGUCCUCCAUCAGGAGACAACAACUGUAAUAGGUACAGCCCUUUUGUAUGUUUCUGCUUGAUAUCUAACUUCCUCUGUAUUAAAUGGAACAGCAGUAAUGAACAGUACCAUUUUUAUAAGAAGAUUAAUACUGAUGGAGGAAAUCUCAUUGGAGAGGGUGGCUUUGGCACAGUGUUCAUUGGUACAUUCUCUGAUGGAUACGAAGUUGCUAUCAAAUGUUUAAAAGAUGGGACAGAUGACAGUCUAGAGCAGUUUAAAACAGAACUGCAGACUCUGACCAUGUUUAAGCAUGAAAACCUGGUACAGCUGCUCGGAUACAGUGUUGACGAUGGUGAACCUCGAUGUCUGGUCUAUGAGUACAUGUCCAAUGGAUCUUUAGAGGAGAGACUUGCAUGCCGAUAUAACACAGAGCCGUUGUCUAACAACUUGCGGCUAGAGAUUAUUAAAGGUACAGCUGAUGGAAUAGCAUUUCUUCACAAAGGGGGUCUGGUACAUAGGGACAUCAAAAGUGCCAAUAUACUGUUGGACUCUGACUUUAAACCAAAGGUUGGGGAUUUUGCGACGGCCAGAGUUCUUCCUCAGGGAAUGGCCUCACACAUUAUGAAGACUUCUGUGGUAAUUGGUACAGCAGCAUACCUUGCUCCAGAAGCUAUUUCGUUUCACAUUCACCCAAGUCUGGACUCCUACAGUUUUGGAGUUGUCAUUUUAGAAAUACUUACAGGUCUACCAGUGACUGACCCAAACCGUGCAGAAAAAGACCUCAAGUUUCAUGUGCAAGAAUACUGCUCUGAAGGAGAUGAUGGUGAAGAACCUGGUUCAUUUUAUGAUCUACUGGAUCCUAAAGGAGGAGAAUGGAGUAAGAGCAUAGUGGAUGGGCUGUAUUCUAUAUCCUGUCGUUGCUUGGAGUAUGUACGAAAGAAGAGACCAGUUAUGGCGGACAUCGUCACAGAAUUGACCAGAUUAGAACAGAUUAUAAAUGAUGCAGAAACAGAAGUUUAA